UGUAUUAUUGCCAUUCAAAUGAGUCAGCCAAUAAAAAAGGAACCACAACCAGACACAAUCAAACAAGAAUGGCAAGAAAUUCCACUUAAGGCAUGCACAGCCGAUGAAUUGAACGACACUCGGUACCACAUCAUGAAGUUCAUCUCCAAGCAGGAUGUUGACAUUGUUGAUAACUUUGUGAAGCCGGUGAGGUUACAUCGGAAGGAUCCCCGGAAUAUCCAGUUCCAUCUAACGAGACGCGAGUUGGAUAUCAGGAAACGCGAGAAUGAGGAGCUUAAACGGGAAAAACAAGAGCAGCAAGAUGGGGAAGUCCCAGCGGAGAAUAAUGGUGAGGUUGCGCCCGACAAACCGAUGGUUACUCCUGGGGGAGCUAACUUGGCCCAGGUUGCUCCUGACGGUGGUGCUCGUAAACAAAAGAAGAAUCUAUUCAAGAGGAAAACCCGUCAGAUUAACCUUAUGGAUGACGCCAAGAGGAAACUUCGGUACGAGGAGCAUUACCCCUGGGUCAUUGAGGAUUACGAUGGGAAAAAUGUGUUUGUGGGGAACUAUGAAGCUGGUUCCUCCGAAUCUCAGCAUGUAUUAUUUGUAUUUGACAAAGAUGGAUUCAAAAUGGUUCCGGCUGAAAAAGUAUAUCGAUUCACACCAAGAAAUAAAUAUGCUACUUUGACAUUGGAAGAAGCGGAGGCAAAAAUGGAAAGAAAUGCCACUGUUCCUAGAUGGUUAAUGAAACAUAUGGAAGACAGACUGACUCUGGAUACUAUUCCUGAUCAAAGAUUUAGAAAUUCUAGUGCUGCCAAUGGAGGCAGUACUUUUAAUAGAGCCAUACAACCGGGACCUUCAAGUUCAAGACCAAGAUUGCGAACUGUCAUUGGUGGUAGUGCCAGUCGUGAAUCUAACGAUCGUGAUUCUGAUCAUGACGAUUUGGAUUACGAUGAAGAAUUUGCUGAUGAUGAAGAAGCACCAAUCAUGGAUGGGGAUGAAGAAGAGAAUAAACUUUCGGAACGGAAAAUUAAAAAGGAAAUGCUUAAAGCAGCCCAUUUCGAUGGGAAGUCGGAUGUUGAAGGUGAUUUGGAUGAUUUGGAUGAUUUAUUCGAAACUGAAAAGACAAGAAAGGUGGAUAAAGAAGGAAAGAAAUUACGGAAGGUGUUGAAUAAACGAGAAGGUGGAGUUUAUGACGAUGACGACGAUGAUGAAGAAGGGUUAUUACCAUACUUAUCUAAAUCUGAUUUAGAAAGUAAUGAUGAAUCAGAUGACGAGGAUGAGGUUGUUGUUAAAAAGGAAGAUGAAGUCAAGCUUGAAAACAAUCAAACUGCCCAACAUUAUCAUCGUACCAUAUAUGUUCAUCACAUAGAUUCUGGGUAUGUCACGAUCAAAGCACCAGCAUCAUUCUUGUCUACACUUCCUAAAGGAGAAUGGAAUCCUCAAGUUCGUCGUAGGCCAACUCCAGAUAUCACUUCGCCUAAAAAGAAGAUUAAAUUAGAAGAAAAGUCAGAAUCUCCAUUAACGGAUAUUGCUGCAUCACCUACCAAGUCACCAUCACCAAUUGAUACAGCAACAACAACAACAACAACAACAACAACAACAACAACUAUAGACCUUAAUUCAUCGGGUCCUGACAAUGUCCUAGUCACCGUGAAUGAUGUUUUGGAUAUUGUUCGUAAUAAUCCAUUAACCACUAAAGAGCUAUUGGUUGGGUUAAAGAGUAGGGUUAGUGCUCACAAAGAUAACAAACAAAGAAUCAUUACUAUUGUUAAACAAAACUUGAAAUUGGUUGAUGGGAAAUUAGUCCUUAAAGAAUAAAUAUUACCUAGUCUAUCUAUAAAAUCUCCACUAUUUUAUCGUCUUCUUCGUCACUUUCUUCGUCGGCGGCAUCCACGGGUGCUUCGUCUCUCUUUAACAUUUGCACAACUCUAUCACAUAAAUCGACAACUUGUUCAUUGUUAUUGUCUUUGUGUAAUUCCUUGAUGAUGGCAUACACGGAUUUGUUUCUGAGGUAUUCUCUACCUUGUCUGGUGGUACAUAACAACAAGAUAGAUUCUAAAUGGAUAGCAAUGACUCCAUUCAAUGGUUCUCUUUGCUUGUCUUCUGGUAACAAUUGUAAUUCAUCAGGCAAUUCAAACAUAUCUUCUUCGUCUAUGCCUUCACCAGGGCCAGCUAAUGGCAAUAAGAUAAAUGGCAACAAGUUGAUUUGUUCAUCUUCCAAUAAUCUCAUGUGGGAAUUGGUAUCAAACAAGGAAUUCUUGAUUGUGGAACAAACACCUUCUCUUCUGAUCUUGGCAUCGUACUUUUCGGUAAACACUAAUAAUUUACUAAGUGGGACAACAUUAUCGUAGGAUUGUGGGGUGACAAAGUAUGAUCUACCUUGAGUGUACCGGGACAAAUCGGCAAAGAAGUAGGCCAAGUAGUCGAAGUUGGCAUACUUGUUUAAAUUUCUGUCGUAUCCCUUGACGAAACAGUCCAUGAGACAAUCGAUGAUUUUAGUGGAAGAAAAAUGCUUCUUUUGCUCAUCGUCGAACUUCUCUAUUUCAAACUCGAGUACCUUGGUGAUGUUAUCGUUCUUGGCCAAGUUAGUCAAUAAAAUACACAUCAAGUCGCAAUUGACAUUCUUCAAGUUGAUGAUUUGCGUACACAAAUACUUCAAGUAGUCGUCAUCUUCGACAAUCAAGUUUCUCAUGAUGAGAUCAUCACACAAGUUGGCCAAUAUAGUGAUACUUUGUUGCACCAUGGUCAGGGAAUUGGAUUUGCUUAAAUUUUUCAAAUCGGUAAUGGCGGUAUAGUUGUCAUAGGCAAACACUUGUUGAUGUGCGGAUUGGGAGUAUCCAACAAGAUUGUCCAAGGCGAUUUGAACAACCGCUGGUUGGGGUGAGUGAAGGAAUGAUACAAGUUCUUCUAAUUCAGUAGGCAUGGUUGUUGUU